UGUGAACGGGUGCCGUCGUGCGUCAGGCCUCACUCGUUAUAUUAGUUCUUUAUUGGACUGAAUGUGUACUUUAGUUAAUGAUGUGAUUGAGGUGUUUUGUUGUGAUGCGUUUAUUAUAUGUAUUCCAAUAAUAUGUCGUUGUUUAAACUCAGAAUAUGGAAACUGCUGCAAGAACCAAAUCGAGCAAAGACCUGAAGAUUCAACCUCCUGAAAAUGAGAAGGUUUCUAUCGGUGGACCCAAGAGAGUUCCGGUGACCCAGAGCGGUCAGAAGCCCGUGUCGACGCCUCACACGCAUGUUCUCCGCAUGGCACAGGGACCGCAGCGCCCCGCGAGUCAGCAGAAGCCCGUCGGAGUUCCUGUGAAACCCACGUGUCCCGGAGACCAGAACGUCAAUCCACAUCAACUCAAAACAAGAACACCGAGCAAACCGCAGCCAAAGCCAGUUCCUGUAGCUGAGCCUUCAAAAACUACUGAACCCAGCAACCAGGACAAACCUCAGCAAACUCCUUCCACUGGAACAACCAAUACUGCCAAGAAAGCGUGGAGUUUAGAGAAUUUCGACAUUGGCCGAGCUCUGGGCAAAGGCAAGUUUGGGAGUGUUUAUCUAGCCAGGGAACAUCAGACCAAGUUCAUCCUGGCGCUCAAGGUCCUGUUCAAAAAGCAGCUGGAGAAAGCCGGAGUGGAGCACCAGCUGCGGAGAGAGGUGGAGAUCCAGUCACAUCUCAGACACCCCAAUAUCCUGCGUCUCUACGGUUAUUUCCACGACGCGGCGCGCGUUUAUCUCAUCCUGGAGUUCGCUCCUAAAGGAGAGCUGUAUGGAGAGCUCCAGCGCUGCGGGAAGUUCGACGACCAGCGAAGUGCAACGUAUAUAAUGGAGCUCGCAGACGCUCUGAGCUACUGCCACUCAAAGAACGUGAUUCACAGAGACAUCAAACCUGAAAACCUGCUGCUGGGGGCCAAUGGAGAGCUGAAGAUCGCAGACUUCGGAUGGUCCGUCCACACACCGUCCUCCAGGAGGUCGACGCUGUGUGGUACGCUGGACUACCUUCCUCCAGAGAUGAUUGAAGGCAAAACGCACGACGAGAAGGUGGAUCUGUGGAGUCUCGGAGUGCUCUGCUAUGAGUUUCUGGUUGGCCAUCCACCUUUCGAAACCAAGAGCCAUGAAGAAACGUACCGCAAGAUUUCUAGAGCUGAGUUCACCUAUCCGGCUCACGUGAGCGAGGCCAGCAGAGACCUGAUCAACAGACUGCUGAAGCACAACCCCAUGCACCGGCUCCCCAUCCAGGGUGUCAUGGAGCACCCGUGGGUGCUGGAGAACUCCUCCAAGAAGCCCACCACUCACACGCCAGCCAGCGACUGAGGACCAGACUCGCUCUUCAGACCAGAACGUGGCAGUAAUUCGUCGGAUGGUCUUUGCUGCCACUCUUGGGAAUGUCUUUAUGAUUUGUAUGUUGUUGUUAUGUGUUGUGCUGUUAACAUGCUACAAUUUACAUGCAUUUGUAAAUAUGUAAUUAAGACACAAAUUGUAAAGUUUUAACCACUACUUGAAUCAGAAUGAGCUUUAUUGCCAGGUAUGUUUACACAUACGAGGAAUUUGUUUUAGUGACGGAAGCUCCACAGUGCAACCGAAUGAUGAAAUGGUAUAAAUGUGAAUGUUUGUGAGGACCUCAAUAUAGAACUU